CUUAUACCUUAUCACAGUUAUUUAUAUUUUAAUUGUAUUUUAUGGUACACCGUUUAAGGGUGGUGAAGUAGAGUAUUUUAAUCAUAGAAUUAAUGAUUUUAAUAAUUUGAAGGUCCAUAUUAGUUUUCAAAAUGCCUUGGAUAGGAGAGAGUUCUCUAACAGUAUUUCAAAAGUUUUGUUUAAAUAUAUUAAAAUGCGGUCCUAUGCCACGACACAUAGCCUUUAUAAUGGAUGGAAACCGUAGAUAUGCGAAGAAGAAACAUGUUGAACAAUCAAAGGGGCAUUCAAAAGGUUUCGAUAAGUUGGCAGAUUGUCUGAGAUGGUGUUUAGAACUUGGUAUUAAAGAAGCAACCGUUUAUGCAUUUAGUAUUGAAAACUUUAAAAGAAGUAAACAGGAAGUUGAUACUCUCAUGGAACUAGCUAGAGACAAAUUUGAAAAGCUAUUUGAAGAAGAGGAAGAGAUAAUGAAAAAUGGAAUUUGUAUAAGAGUGAUAGGUAAUUUAUCAUUAUUACCUACCGAUAUUCGAAAAUUAAUAGCUAAAGCCAUGAUUUUAACACAAAAUAAUCAAAAUGCAAUAUUAAAUGUUGCUUUUGCUUAUACCUCAAGAGAUGAAAUUACACAUAGUGUCAAAACAAUUGUUAAAGCCAUAAAUGAUGAAAAAAUUCAAAGGGAUGAUAUCAGUGAAGAUCUUAUUUCGCAAUGUUUAUUUACGAGUUUAAGUCCUAACCCAGACCUAUUGAUUAGAACAUCCGGAGAAUGGCAAUAUAUAUGGUAAACAGAGUUGGAUAAAAAACAAUGGUAAUCCAAGGGUUGAUUCGUUCUUUAAUGAACUUCAAAACUUAAGAAUGAGACAGUUGGA